AUGACUUCCGUAUUGGCGGGAGCCAGCGUCGAAAGUUGCAGUGCAAACAACCUACUCAUCGACAAAACUGCACCAAAAGCCACGCUGCCUUUCAUUUCUCUCCUUCCUCGCGAUCUCCUGCUCGAGAUUUUUAUCUGGCUAUCAUGGAGUGCAGAUAAUCACGCCGAUAUCACUCAAGCGCCUUGGGUUCUCGGUCAUGUCUGCAGGUCAUGGAGAGACAUAAUAAAAUCUGUCAAAUGGCUGUGGUCCAUGGUUAUUUUACCUGUGCACAGCUAUGACCGGAGAAUUCUCCGUGUUCUGAAACAUUUCCUCCGGCGCUCUGAUCAGUCCCUCUUCAAAAUUGACCUUACAUUCGAUGAAGAAGCCUCCAGAAAAGCCAUACGAAGCGUCUUUCGCAUACUCUCCCCCCACUUGCCUCGCUGUUCAGGCCUUAGCAUCCUUAUUCCGCAGAAAGGAGUCUGGGAGCUGAUGGACCUCGCGCAGAACCUUCCCGAACUGCGGUUUCUGGAUAUUUACAUCCCUUCAUCGGAUGAUGAAGACGGUUUUGAAGAGGAGGACACGUUCAGCAUAUUUUCUUCUGCGCCGAAACUUACAGGUGUCAGUUUGUUCGGCCUGUACACCGUGGCAAACAUCUCCCUCCCUGCUUCACAGAUACGCGAAUUUCAUGGCGACUUCUAUACCGCUGAGGAGCUGCACCGGUUUGUAUCUAAAGCGCACAACCUUAAUACCUUGGAAAUGUCUUUCCACUUCCCAGCUUCAGAUUCACUCGUGCAGCCCCUCACUCACAACAACCUCCGCCGACUCGUGGUUCUACAGUCUGAGUUGGCAUGGGUGGAGACAUUUAACUUCCCAUCUCUGGAAGAAUUGGAGAUUUUCCAGCAUUGCUCAGAUUGCCACAUUGCCAAAGAUAGUGUCAACGAAUUAUCCGCCCUGGUCGAACGUUCCAUGUGCAAGCUCCAGAAGCUCGUCCUGAGAGCCGUUCUCCCUGCAUCGACGCUCAUUCAUAUUCUCCGGUCCCAAUCAUCCCUGACCGAGCUUCAUAUUACCAUCAACCUGGAAAAUGCCAGGGACAUAUUCAUCGCCCUCUCAGCACCCGACUUUCUGCCCAUGUUAAUGCGUUUGGAAAUCAUUGAGGAGUAUCGUCCUUCCCAAAAGUUCUCUGUCUUUAUGGACACGCACAACGAAGUCUUUGCGAUGAUUCGAUCGAGAUGGGCCAAAGCGUCGGGUUCCCGCCUCCGCUAUCUCUGCUUGGAAGUCAGUAACGUGAGGGUGAAGGCCGUUCGAAAGAUGCGAGGGUUCGAGGGUUAG